GAAGCAAACAAAUCUGCCAAAAACACGAAGAGCAACAGCAACACGAGUGGCGGGAAAGAUGGUGCCUCAGACAACGCAGAUGAGGUGCAGCAGAGCAGCAGUAAACGUCCCAGUAACAGCACGCCUCCUCCCACGCAGCUCAACAAGAUCAAAUAUUCAGGAGGAGCUCAGCUUGUGAAGAGGGAACGUCGUCAGAGCUCGUCACGCUUCAGCCUCACCAAGAACCGAGAGCUACAGAAGCUCCCUGCACUCAAAGAUGCACCCCCGGUGGAGUGUGAGGAGCUGUUCGUGCAGAAGCUGCGUCAGUGCUGUGUCCUGUUCGACUUUGUCAGUGACCCGCUCAGCGACCUCAAAUACAAAGAGGUGAAGAGGGCGGGGCUCAACGAGAUGGUCGAGUAUAUCACACACAACAGUGACGUGGUGACCGAUUGCAUCUACCCUGAGGCCGUCGUCAUGUUUUCAGUGAACUUGUUCCGGACUCUUCCUCCGUCAUCAAACCCGACCGGAGCAGAGUUUGAUCCUGAGGAGGACGAACCCACGCUGGAGGCUGCCUGGCCCCACCUGCAGCUCGUGUACGAGUUCUUCCUUCGUUUUCUGGAGUCUCCAGAUUUUCAGCCAAACAUCGCCAAAAAAUACAUCGACCAGAAGUUUGUUUUGUCGCUUCUGGAGCUGUUUGACAGUGAGGACCCCAGAGAGAGAGACUUCCUGAAGACCAUCCUCCACCGCAUCUACGGCAAGUUCCUCGGCCUCCGUGCCUACAUCCGCCGUCAGAUCAACAACAUCUUCUACAGAUUUAUUUAUGAGACGGAACAUCACAACGGAAUUGCUGAGCUGCUGGAGAUACUGGGCAGUAUUAUCAAUGGCUUUGCUCUACCGUUGAAAGAAGAACACAAGAUGUUUCUGAUUCGAGUUUUGUUGCCCCUUCACAAAGUCAAGUCUCUGAGCGUCUACCACCCUCAGCUGGCGUACUGUGUGGUCCAGUUCCUGGAGAAGGACAGUAGCCUGACCGAACCAGUGAUCAUGGGUCUGCUGAAGUUCUGGCCAAAGACUCACAGUCCAAAGGAGGUGAUGUUCCUGAACGAACUGGAGGAGAUCCUGGAUGUCAUUGAGCCAUCAGAGUUUGUCAAAGUCCAGGAGCCGCUCUUCAGACAGCUCGCCAAGUGUGUGUCCAGCCCACACUUCCAGGUACCAACACCUGAACUGAACUUCUGUAGUUAUUUGACAGUAGAUGGUACAGUUGUGUUUUAUUAUUUAGUCUUGAUGACA